AUGGCUAUAUCAGCUGACCAGAGUGUUGUGGCGAUCGCCAACAUCUUCAUGACCAUAGCCUUCGUCUUCAGAUGCCUGCCCUAUCAGAUCUUCUCAGGCCUGUUGGUGAACCUGCCCAGUAUUGUUGAGUGGCUUGCCUGGUUCCAGUACCUCAGCAUCCCUCGGUACGGACUAACAGCUCUCCAAAUUAAUGAGUUUGUAGGUCUCCAGUUCUGUGGAGACAUUCCCCUCAACGGCACCUUGCCCCCUGGUAUGACAUGCACGGGGGAAGACUUUCUGAAGAACCAGGGGAUCGACUACACCACGUGGGGGCUGUGGCAGAAUCACGUUGCCCUGGCGAUCAUGACCGUUAUCUUCCUGUUGAUCGCAUACUUCAAACUACGCUUCACUAAGAAGUUCACAUAGGGGUCAGGGGUUAAGCCUAUUGUACACCUUCCCGUUC